UUUUAGUGGCUAAGCUACUUGUUUGGGGGCUGAAGGCGCACUUGCCUUACAGUAUUAUUUCGGAAGGGUAAAUUUGUCUUGUGUUCGCGUUUUCUGCAUUUCACAUUCUGUUUGAUAUGGUCCAGCUGCACGUCAAACGAGGAGAGGAGAGCCAGUUUCUCCUGGAUACCACAGUCGAUGUUUCAGUGGAAACCUUGAUAGAGCAGAUUGCUGCUAUUUAUAACGGAAGACUCAAAGUGGAGAGGAUUUGUUCAGAAAUACAGGAGCUUGCGGAGCAUGGGAUCACGCUCCCUCCAAAUAUGCAGGGGCUCACGGAUGAUCAGAUCGAGGAUCUGAAACUUCGGGACGAGUGGGCGGACAAGUGUGUUCCAAGCGGUGGAGCACACAUUAAAAAGGAUGAAAUCGGGAGGCGAAACGGACAUGCUCCAAAUGAUAAAAUGAGGGACGUUUUAAAGAAAACUGUUGAGGAAGCAAAGUCAUUAGUUUCCAAGAAACAAGUGGACGCCAAGGUCUGUGUCACUAUGGAUAUGGUGAAAGAAGCUCUUGACCAGCUCCGUGGUGCUGUUAUGAUUGUUUAUCCCAUGGGCCUGCCUUCUCAUGAUCCCAUCAGGAUGGAGUUUGAAAACCAGGAAGAUCUGUCAGGAACACAUGCUUCACUGCAGGUGAUUCCAGUGGAGGAGGCCCAGCUGUGGUGGGCAGCCAAGGAGCUGCAGAAAGGGAAGAAGCUUCAAGACUAUGUGGGCAAGAAUGAGAAGACCAAGAUCAUUGUCAAGAUACAAAAGCGAGGCCAGGGGGCGCCAGCGCGCGAGCCACUGGUCGGCCCGGAGGAACAAAAGCAAAUGAUGCUGCACUAUUACAGAAGGCAGGAGGAGCUCAAGAAACUGGAUGAAGCAGAUGAUGACUCUUACCUGCAGUCUGAGUGGUCGGACAGGCAGGCAUUGAAGAGGCAGUUUCAAGGUCUUACCAACAUUAAGUGGGGUCCCAGAUGAACUCGUCUCCACAUCCAGCUUUGUCCUCAACCUAGUGACAUUAAAAAGUCUAAGGGUGCAGCUGGCCCC